UGGUAGCGGCCGUCCGCCGUCGGGAUGCUCGUCGCUCUCUUCGCAUCUUCCGACCGACGCUCCUUUCGUUCGUUCCGGUUCCUACGCUAAUUCUAGUCAAAAAAAGCGGGUGGCAAGCGCCCGUCACCGGCCCGACUCCCCCAACCGGGAGGCAGAAGAAAGGCUCCGUUUCGGGACCGUCCGGCCAUCCCGCCACUCCGGACGCGAAAGUGGCCGUGGGCCUCGGACGUGUGUGACGUCAUGAGCGGACCAGUGACGUCCGACCGGGCCAAGAAGUCGUCCGAAAACGGAGGCGUCAGCUUCGGCGAGAUGGGAAGUGCCUUUCGAGUGGUGACUCCGAAACGAUCUAGAGAAGAUUCCGGUCCUUCCUUCCCCGUCUCCAGUCUGGGAGCAUCCGUCGGGCCGGCCCUCCCCCUCUUCUCGGCCGAGGGUCUCCCCACCUACUAUCCGGGCCUGUGGUGCGGGGCGGCCGGAACUCUGGGCCUCAAGGCUGGUGCGUCGGGAGGCGUGGAGCCUGCCUUCCCCCUCUUUCCACUCUUUCAUCAUUACCUGCCGCCGUACGGCUUCCUCGACGCCUGUUCCCAGUCUUCUUCAGGAAACAAAUCGGAAGAGAGCAGGAACGUAGGACGCAGCGACCACUCUCCUUCGUCGUCCGGUUCCAAGCAGCAACUGUCGGCCUACCUGCCUUCUCUACCCGGUCCGGGUGACCUUCGUUCCCUGACACUGGCCACGUGGGGAGAGGACUUCCUGGGUCGACCCCUGAAUCUCGGCGACUACCACUCGUCAGGCCUCCUUCGCUCGCCGCCUCCCGGUUUGGGAGUGGGCGCGGCCGGCGACGCCUCCCUGUCUUCGACUUCGGCGACUCCUUCCAACGACAAGUUCUAUCGACCCUUGGCGCCCGGACUGGGCACCUGUUUCGGAAUUCCCUUCUACCGCUUGACGGUACCGAAACCGGUACCGACGGCGGGACAGGCGUCGGACGGACUCAAACCCCUUUCGGUGGCCGACGUGUACUCGUGCGUCAAGUGCGACAAGAUGUUCAGCACUCCGCACGGACUAGAAGUGCACGCUCGACGAUCCCACAGCGGGAAGAGGCCCUUCGCCUGCGAACUGUGCAACAAAACCUUCGGACACGAAGUGAGUCUUAGUCAACACCGAGCCAUUCACACGGCCGAGAGAAGUUUCGAGUGCAAACAGUGCGGCAAGAGCUUCAAGCGAUCGUCCACCCUGUCCACCCAUCUGCUGAUCCACUCGGACACCAGGCCCUACCCUUGCCAAUACUGUGGAAAGAGGUUCCACCAGAAGUCCGACAUGAAGAAGCACACCUACAUCCACACAGGUGAGAAGCCUCACAAGUGUGCGGUGUGCGGCAAAGCCUUCAGCCAGUCCUCCAACCUGAUUACCCACAGCCGGAAGCACACGGGUUUCAAGCCCUUCGCCUGCGAAGUAUGCGGACGAGCCUUUCAGCGGAAGGUGGAUCUACGGAGGCACAAAGAGACGCAACAUUCGGACAUUAGACAAUUGCAGCAGUGUUCUCAAUAGGUGGAUGGAGCAGUCAGUCGUCGCCAUUCACCGGGACCUAUCCCCUUCGCCUAUAAAUAUAUAUAUAUAUAUACACACACAGACACAGACACAUAACGUACAGUACGUGCGCAGGUACGGACGGGGCCGACGCAUCCUUGCCCAUUUACGCGUAAAAAAAAAAAAAGUUUCCUUUUCGCGCCCCCGAGCGCGCAUCUUCGUAGCUGCGUUUGCGCGCCGUUGGUUCCGAGUGCCGUGAUGUCGUGUGACGUGCUAGUGACGCAUCCUCGCUCCGUUCCGAAGGGCCGGAGGGAUCGGACGGACGGGCCCGACCGCCGGGCCCGCCGUUCGGCGCGGGCCGCUCCGGGGCCGGGGACAUCCCCGUCACCCGCCCGUCCGGUCGGCUUUAGCUAUGU